AUGAGGUUAAUUGAGUGGAGUAGGGUUGUUUUCGGGAAUUCAAAGAGAAAGCUUAACAGCAAACUCAAGCAACUAAGUGCACUGCAAAGCUUUAAUACAGGGAACCUAGGCAAGGAUAUUAAAAGAAUUCAAGAGGAAAUUGACCAACUGUUGGAAGAGGAAGAUGUCACUUGGAAACAAAGAGCCAAACAAAAGUGGCUUAAGGAUGGGGAUAGGAACUCCAAGUUCUUUCAUCAUUGUUCUAACCAAAGACGGAAAACAAACACUAUCAAGUGUAUCAAAGAUGAAGAAGGGACUGAAGCUGUCACUCAUAAGGCAAUUGCAAAUCAAUUUCGAGUUUUCUUCAAGGGUUUGUUUACUACUUCCUGUCUUGAAGGAAUGGCAGAAUAUCUUGGCAGUGUGGAGGCCAGGAUUAGUAGUGAUAUGAGCUCAUUCUUAUCUAAAAAAUUCACUGAAAAAGAAGUAGAAUAG